CAUAUACCCGCCGUGGCAGGAGAUCCCGUCUAGGUUGGCUCCGUGGCCAUCAUAAAAGGGGAGCCUUCAACCGAGUUAUGAUGCCACUGUCUUCCUAUCCUCAAGCCCUGAGCCCGAGCCACCUCCUCAGCUGCCUUCUUGGACUUGAUCAUCGGCUGCACUGGCUAUCUAAUCACGCGCUAGCCCUAGGUCAUCGCGAUGGAUCUUUCCAAGACCGGAAACAUGCGUUGGGGCAUGAAGACGGCCUGCCGUGGCCUCCUCAUCGCCGCCCUCGCCGGCGCGCCCAGCCUCGUCAAAGCCGACAACCCCAUUGUGCAGACGCGGUUCACAGCCGACCCAGCCCCAAUGGUUUACAAGGACCGCCUCUACGCCCUAACCAGCCAUGAUAACGACGGCGCGACCUACUUCAACAUGACGGACUGGCGCCUGUACUCGACCGACGACAUGGCCAACUGGCAAGACCACGGCAGCCCCGCCGGCCUGGCCACCUUCCCGUGGGCCUCCAAAGACGCCUGGGCCCCUCAGGCUAUCGAGAGAAACGGCAAGUUCUACCUGUACGUGCCCAUCCAGCCCCGCGCCGGCGGCGGCGCGGCCAUCGGCGUCGGCGUGGCGGACAAGAUCGAGGGGCCCUACAAGGACGCUAUCGGCCGCCCGCUGGUCCAAAACGGCGAGAUCGACCCCACCGUCUUCCUCGACGACGACGGCCAGGCGUACCUCUUCUGGGGCAACCCGAACCUGUCGUACGUCAAGCUGAACGCGGACAUGAUCUCCUACUCGGGCCAGCCCGUCAGGGUCCAGCUCACGGUCCAGGGCUUCGGCCAGCGCGCCGCCGGCAAGGGGGACGCCCGGCGCCCUACGGCGUACGAGGAGGGGCCCUGGCUGUACAAGCGCAACGGCGUCUACUACAUGCUGUACGCCGCCAAUUGCUGCAGCGAGGACAUCCGCUACGCCACGGCCCCCGCCGUGACGGGCCCUUGGACGUACCGCGGCCUCAUCAUGGCGACCGAGGGCGCCAGCUUCACCAACCACCCGGCCGUGGUCCACUACAAGAACAACGCCUACUUCUUCUACCACAACGGCGCCCUCCCGGGGGGCGGCGGCUACGCUCGCUCCGUCUCCGUCGAGCGCUUCUCGUACGGCUCCGACGGCUCCAUCCCCACCAUGCGCAUGAGCAAGACCGGGGCGCCGCAGAUCAAGGACCUCGACCCCUACGUGCGCGUCGAGGCCGAGACCAUUGCCUUCUCGCGCGGCGUCGGAACCGAGCCGUGCUCCGAGGGCGGGAUCAACGUCAACAACAUCAACAACGGCGACUACGUAAAGGUCGCCGGCGUCGCCUUUGGCGACUCCCCGGGACCCAAGACGUUCACGACCCGCGUCGCGGCCGGCGGCAGCGCGCAGGGCGCCAAGAUCGAGCUGCGCCUGGGUGGCGAGUCCGGCACCCUCGUCGGCUCCUGCAACGUCCCCGCCAGCACCGGCGGCUGGCAGUCCUGGACCACGGUGUCUUGCGGCGUCAGCGGGGCGACGGGCACCAAGGACCUGUUCUUCAAGUUUGUUGGAAGCGGCUCGGGAUAUCUGUUCAACAUGAACUGGUGGCAGUUCUCCAAGUAGGGUGGUAGGUGAUGGGGACUGCACCAGCUGCGUCGGUCGCAACGGUGCGGGUGCCCAGGGUGAACC